AUGUCGCCUAUCAAUGCCAUUAAGCUGCUUUCCAUCGUGUUCCCGCUGCUGCAAGGGGUGCAGGCGGGGAUCGAUCUGAACGCUGGGAACAAUGUUGCUGUCUACUGGGGUCAGAACUCCUAUGGACAGUCGACUGGCGAAUAUGUCCAGCAGCGUCUGUCAUAUUAUUGCCAGAACAGUAACAUCGAUGUCUUCCAAAUCUCCUUUCUGACCAGGAUCAACGGCGCCGGCGGAGUCCCCGAAGUCAACUUUGCCAAUGCUGGUGACAACUGCACGACCUUCCCGGGGACUUCUCUUCUGAACUGUCCUCAGAUCGCCGAGGACAUCCAAACCUGCCAGAAAGCCGGCAAGACCAUCCUCCUCUCCAUCGGCGGCGCCACCUACACCGAAGGCGGCUUCACCAGCGAAUCGGCUGCCAUCGCAGGUGCGCAACUUCUUUGGGAAAUGUUCGGUCCCGUCAGCAACAGCAGCAGAUCCCGACCCUUCGGCAACGCCGUGAUCGAUGGCUUCGACCUCGACUUCGAAGCCACUGUCAACAACAUGCCCGCAUUCGCCAACCAACUCCGCACCCUCUACGCCGCCGACUCCAGCAAAUCCUACUAUCUCACCGCCGCCCCGCAAUGCCCCUACCCCGACCUCGCGAACAACCCGAUGCUCGACGGCGCCGUCUCGUUCGACGCCAUCUGGAUCCAAUUCUACAACAACUACUGCGGUCUGCAGUCAUACGUCCCCGGCUCUUCGACGCAGAACAACUUCAACUUCGCGACGUGGGAUAACUGGGCCAAGACCUCCUCGCGGAACAAGAACGUGAAGGUCUUCCUGGGCAUCCCUGGGAAUACGCGCGCCGCGGGCUCAGGAUAUCAGCCACUGGACCGGGUCAAGGAGAUCAUUGGAUAUGUGAAAGGGUUUAGUAGCUUUGGGGGCGUGAUGAUCUGGGAUGCGAGUCAGGUGUUUGCGAACGGGGGAUUCUUGAGUGGUGUGAAAGGGGCGGUAGGGGCAUCGGUGGUCGAGGGUACGGUUUCUCAUGGGGCGAGUGAAAAUGAGGGGUUUCUGACUUUGGCGAAGGCGGAGAAGCCGUUGGGGACGGGGAUUUAG